AUGUCACCAGACUCUGAGCCAUCUCCGCCGAUGGCCAAUGGCCUCGCCGACGCGGGGCAGGGACAAAGCAUCCCCCCAACAGAGGCGCCGGACUCCCCGAUAGACCCAGGGUCCUCGUUCAAAACGGAGCUCAAUGAAGAUCGUGCAGCGUCGUCCGUCAUCCCGUCAUCGCUCACCCCACCUCCAUCCUCCCAGGUAACCAACGCUGUUGGUGCGGGUGCCGUCAAUUCACAACGCUCCGGUAUCUUUUCGCCGCCGGCGACCGCUAUCAACGGCGUCAAGCGCGAAAUCGUGCCCGGCGAGUUUAUCCCCCCGACCCAGUCCCAGAUUGCCGAUGCGUCGGUUGAAGAGCUCCGAAGCAUGCUCCAGGGGUGCAUGGCCGACCAGGCGCGACUCAAGAUGGAAGCCGCCCACCACAAACUGCAGUUCAACAUGCUCGCCCUCCGCGCCGAAGAGGACACAAAACGUGCCGCCGUCGAACACGAAAUGACCAAGAAGGAAGUGCAAGUGUUGCAGCAAGCCGAGUGCGCACGCCAAGCCCGGCGUGAAAUCACUGCCGCCUCUGAAUCGACACAAGCCAAGUACCUGCAACUUAGGGCUUUGCAUGAACUGGCGCUCGAGGAGAACGAUGCUCUACACAACAAGGUCAAGGCGGCGAGGAAGGUGAUACAACAAAAGGAGGACGUGAUCGCCAGCCUGACAGACGAGCGGGAGUUGAUGUUGAACCGCAUCCGGGAGAACCGCGAACACUUCCACCAGCUCUGCAGCCCCGGAGACCACAGCCAAGAAGGGUUUGCCGUCCUGCUUCAGGCGCUUUCCCAGGACAACAACAGCGCUCCCUCGACCCCGAUCAUCGGCCAACGCCCUGCACCCCGUGUCCCGUUGAAGCACACACGCAAUGUUCAAUCCAUGUCUUCCCUGCCAUCCACCCCGAUGGCCCGUACCCCCGCAAACAACAGAGGACUCCUCCCGUCGAUCGACCUCGUACCACAGACCGAGCCGCCACACCGGCAACCUCGCUUUGUGCCCGAUGCACCAGCCACGCCCAAGCGCCAGGACCGGCGCAAGAGCAGAGAGAGCACGAUCUCUGCCGAGGAUAACCAGGAACUCGCGCGCCAGGCAUUGCAGUCCUUUGUCUCUCGCGGCUCGCAGCAUUCACAAAGCUCACGGCGGCGUCCGACAGAUGAGGAGGCGGAGGGGGAAAUCUACGAAAGCCAGGCCAGCCAAGCGGCUUCGGAGAUGCUCCGCCGUGACGCCCGGGAGAGUUUCGAAGUCACCGGCUCAGUUGGGAACUCCAGGGAUGGCACACCAGCGGCCGCAGACAGAAGCGCCAAGCUGCAGGCAAAAUUGUUUGGGGGCCUGAAUAAGGGCGGUCUGCCGUCGCAGGGAAAGCGGAAGUUCGGCGCGCAUCAUGGCGAGGUCGCCGAUGGGUAUUCGGUGCACGACCGCAUCACGAGCCCGACUAAGAAGUUGCGGGAGGUUGGCGGGCUGAGGGACCCCGGCCGCCUCAAGGCCGUGCUGACCAAGGCACCAACCGACGUUGUCAUCCUAUCCUCACUCCGCACCCCCAUCUGCCGGUCGUACCGCGGCCAGCUCAAAGACGCCUACCCGGAAGAGCUCCUCUCCGUUGUCCUCCGUGCCACUCUUGAUAAGAACCCGCAACUUGAUCCCGCUGCCAUCGACGAUGUCGCCGUGGGUGUCGUGCUCAACGAGCUCGGCGGGUCCAAAGCCGCCCGCAUGGCCAUGAACCACGUCGGCUUCCCGUCAACAACCUCCCUCUACACCGCCAACCGGGCAUGCGCCUCGUCACUCCAGAGCAUCACCCUCAUCGCCUCACAAAUCCGCACCGAGAUGAUCGACGUCGGCAUCGGCGCCGGCAUGGAGAGCAUGACGCGCAACUACGGCUCCAAGGCCAUCCCCGUCGACGUCUGGCCCGCCCUGCGCGAGUCCCCCGUCAAGGACGCCGUCGACUGCGUCAUGCCCAUGGGCCUGACCAGCGAGAACGUCGCCAGCCGGUACGGCGUGUCGCGCGCCGACCAGGACGCCUUCGCCGUAGAAUCCCACGUCCGCGCAGCCCGCGCACGCGAAUCCGGCGCGUUCGACGCCGAGAUCGUGCCCGUGACAACCCGCUUCCAGGAGGUCGACAAGCAGGGUAACAAAAUCGGCGCGGAACAGACCAUCACCGCCACCCAAGACGACGGCAUCCGCGCGGGCGCGUCGGUCGAGGCCCUCGCCAAGCUGAAACCCGCCUUCAAGCCCGACGGCGGCGCCAGCACGGCGGGGAACUCCAGCCAGGUCAGCGACGGCGCCGCCGCCACCCUGCUCAUGCGCCGCAGCACGGCCACCACCCUCGGCCUCGCCGACAGCAUCAUGGGCAAGUUCGUCGCGGCGUCGGUCGCCGGGUGCGCCCCGGACGAGAUGGGCGUCGGCCCGGCGCUGGCCAUCCCCCGCGUGCUGGGCCAGCUGGGGCUGGGGAAUGCGGACGUCGACCGCUGGGAGAUCAACGAGGCGUUUGCGAGCCAGGCGCUGUACUGCGUGCGCGAGCUCGGGCUGGAGCAGGCGCUGGCGGACGGCAAAGUCAACCCCGACGGCGGCGCGAUCGCGCUCGGGCACCCGCUGGGCGCGACGGGCGCGCGCAUGGUGAGCACGCUCAUGCAUGGGCUGGGGAGGACGGGCGGGGAGGUGGGGGUGGUGAGUAUGUGUAUUGGGACGGGCAUGGGGAUGGCGGGCGUGUUCGUGAGGGAGUAA